GCUGGGUGGGGGGAGGGGCAGAGGGCUCAUACCACAGCUUAUAAGAGUGGAUUUAUAUAUAUGUAUUAAACCCUACGUUCUCUGGGUUCCUCUGGGUUCUUGAAGACAGCUGACAUGUUGUGCUGUUCUUCUGUCUCAGCAGGGGGAGGGCUCCGUGGAGCGGGGGGGGCAGGUGUUCUCCGAUCUUCUCACUGCUGCUGCUGCUCAUGGUUGGAACUGUUGUGUUCCACCUUAACAGUUCCCUCAGUGCGGAACUGUCGCUGACCAGAUUAUGGAGAACAAACAACAGCGUGAAGACGAGUGAAGGCUGCAGCGUCUCCACAGACCAGUGCUUCGUCUCCUACCCGCUGCAACACAGUUUUAUCAUCGACCAGCCGGACAGAUGUGGGGAAGAGAAGCCCUUCUUGGUUCUGAUGAUACCGGUGGCACCACGUGACACCGAGGCCCGUCGGAUCAUCCGCAGCACGUGGGCCAGAGAAACCAACGUGAUGGGACGGACAGUCACUCACUACUUCCUUAUGGGCCGGUCCAGGAACGCAAGUGAGACGGACGUCCUGCAGGAGCAGCUGCUACAGGAAGGCCGGAGACACGGGGACGUCCUGCAGAGUGACGUGGUGGACAGCUACAACAACCUGACCAUCAAGACCAUGCUGAUGUUCGAGUGGCUCAGCUCACGUUGUCCCAGCGCCGCUUACGCCAUGAAGAUCGACUCCGACAUAUUCCUCAACGUCCACAGACUGGUACGGUUGUUGGUUGAAGCCCCUCGCAGUCUGUACAUGACUGGCCUGGUGGUCAGGGGGGCCGCGGUACACCGAAACCCUGCCUCGAAAUGGUUUUUGCCCGUGUCCGUCUUCCCCGAGCCCGUCUACCCCCCCUACCUGCAGGGAAUGGGUUAUGUGUUCUCCAUGGAUUUACCCAGAAUGCUGCUGAAGGCGUCCAUGCAUGUGAGGGCUGUUUACAUUGAAGACGUCUACGUGGGUCUGUGUAUGAGGUAUCUGGGACUCAGACCCACAGAACCUCCUCAGAGCAGUCUGUUCCAGCCACAAAAACCUUUCUGGACCUUUGGCUGUUACUGGACCGGGGUCAUCGCAACGCUUCUGGAGAACUCACGGCAGCUCCAGGACGUGUGGACAGUCUAUCAGGGUCAGCGGACGAGCGGCUGCUGAGGACCCUCGGACCGAACCGCAGCUGCCACAGUGCGGCCGCUCUAAACAAACUGAAACCUGAAGGAUGUAAAUGGUUCAUCUCCAUCGCUGCAGUAAAGCCAGUCACUACCUCAGUCAGCCACUAGGGUCCUUCACUCACCACCAUGGUAGUUUUUAUCACUAACUAUCUGAUGGUGUAAAUAUAUACAGUAUAUUGACUAGAACCAAAACAAAAGUCAUCAUUGGUUCAAUUCCCUGCUCCACCAGCUUCAUGUAUUGACUCUUCCCUGCGUGUGUGUGUGUGUGUGUGUGUGUGUGUGUGUGUGCUCCACCUGUGACUCUUUCCAGGUGAAGUUUAAUCAUUAAUUAAAACAUAAUGUGUUUGGUCAACCUUUGACCACUACUAUCAAAGUACUACACAGUACACAAGUACUACACAGUACACAAGUACUACACAGUACACAAGUACUACACAGCACAUUUUGUCAGGUCUGUCUUAGUAUCCAGUAAAGUUCAUAAAUAUCACAAUGUAGUAAAUAUCAACAAAGACAAGCUGGGAAACUGAGGAACAAGACUGCUGGUCCUGGUACUGGUACUGGUACUGGUAUUGGUACUGGUACUGGUACUGGUACUGGUAUUGGUACUGGUACUGGUACUGGUACUGGUACUGGUAUUGGUACUGGUACUGGUCCUGGUACUGGUACUGGUGGGGGGGGGUUACCCCAAAGCUACUACAGUACUACGACUGGUACUUCGGUUCAGUAAUGACUGCGCAUGCGCAUGCACACGCACACAUGGAGCAGGGGAAAAACGUGAAACGGAAACGUUGGCAACAGCGCUCUCGUGUGGUAAGUCGGGGAGUGAAAUAUCAGAGGUGAGAAAAGGAAGAACUUUUUUUCACGGUGUUGUUGAUGAGACAAGUCAAUAUUUGGGUCGUGUUCGUGAUUUAACACUAAAAACUGUGACUGUUGUUGGAAAAGGUUU